UCGGGCCGAUAUUCUCCGAUAUAUCGGUCGGCAUGCUUGUUAUUAGCCAUAACGUGUCCGACGAUCGGGACGUGUCGUCUGUUCCACUCCCUCGUCCCGGAUGAAGAUGAAGAUGAAGAUGAAGAUGAAGAUGAAGAUGAGUCUCUGCGCGCGAGCGGAAACAGGUGGAAUUUCGUUCGGAGCUGCAACAUUGUCACGAAGCCGUGGCGUCUCGUCGCCAUGGCGACACUGACCCAGGCGUGGAAACGGCCCGCGUGUGUUCGAACGUGUCGAGGUUCGCGUGUGGACCGUGUUCGUGGAGCUGCACGUGGGGAUGUAGCUGCUCUUUACCUGCGGCCGACGCGCUCCACUUCAAACAGGCCGCCGCUGCCGCGCAGACCUCGUGCUGCGUUCAGGUGCGUCUGGUGAAGACUGGCGGUUUCGAGGGCGACGAAGAGGAAGCGGAAAUUUCCAAACUACAACUUGAAGAAAGAGCUGGAGCUGUGACAUCACAACAGCAGUAAUGAAGGCAGCAGCUCAUCAAUGGCCGGCGCCCGGCGGCUAUAAAAAGGGAAGCCGGGGAGUCCAGAGCUCAUCAGAACUGAUGGGAGCUAAACACCAGAGGAGACUGACUCACAGACAGACAGAAGUUUUACUGAGGAGCAGCCACAGGUCAUUGAGGUCAACAAUGCGACAUACGGAUUAUCAAAUUGUUUUCAUUUCACUCUGUAUUCUACACCUCUCCCUGUGUGAAGGACGUCCCCUGAGAAAGCGGACGGUGAGCGAGGUCCAGCUCAUGCACAACCUCGGGGAGCACAAGCAGGUGCAGGAGCGCCGCGACUGGCUGCAGACGAUGCUGCGGGGCAUCCACACCGCCGCGGACCGGGGCGGUAGCGGCGGCAGCAGCAGUAGCGUGGAGGCGGGGCGGCCGGCGAGGAGGCGUCACGAGGACCUGCCCGACCUCAGUCCGGAUGAGAUGGAGUUCGCUCUGAACUUCAUGGAAAAGCUCCUCAAGUCACAACAGUCAUGAUUUCUUUAUUUUUAUUUUCAGAACUGUUUACAACAUUCUUUUUUUUUUAACCGAAGUUCAGGCUGCUUAUUUAAUUUUAAAAAGUUUCUAGUUCAUCAUAAUGCACUUGUCCUUUAUUUAUUGUACAUUUUUACUUUUAUUUGUGACAUUUAAUUUAAGAAAUUGAUAUUUAUAAAAACCUUGACGAGGCAACAAUUCCUCAUAGUGCACAUGCACUUUUAUGUAUUUAACAGGUGGUGUUGUAAAGGAGAUGAAGAGUUGGACCAACAGUGUUGUUUAUGAUUUGACAAAGCCCUUAUCUACUGUCUUUUAUUUUACAUCAGUCUAGUUUAAAUAUAUUUAAUUCAUAACUUAUUGUUUUGCCUUGCAGGACUUAUGCUAAUGUUGUUUUAACUUGUAUUUUGACUGUAAACUAAGGUUUAUGAACUUACACAACACAGAAGUAAAUUAUAUAUUUUUAUAUGUUCAACUAGCCUGUAUAAAAUAGGUCAUGUUUUUUUUACUUUGAUAACUAUGCUA